CUAUAUAAGCGGUGCAGCGGCUCUAGUCAAACGACAGUGGAGAAGUGAAUACUCCAAACGGUAAAAGCAAAGAGCAGGACUAUUUUUAACAAUGAGAGUUUACAACUUGCUGCUGCUCACUUUUGUGACUGCUCUGGCUUCUCUGGCUGCAAGCGGCGAGGCACACAUUCCUGACUGUUCGGAUCAUAUUAAUGGACUCUCGUUCGCGGAUCCCGUUAGCUGUUCCAGCUUCUAUGUAUGCCUGCGCGGCCGUGCGCUGAGAAGAGAGUGCAGUCAUGGCCUGUACUUUGAUCCCAGGACUCAGAUCUGCAACCUGCCGCGCCUUGUCGAGUGCCACAAUGGUGAUCGCAGCGGCUCGAUAGUCACUGGAGAUGCUCAUGGCGAUCAUCUGGCGGCCCCAGGUGGUAAAGCUCCUUGCGAAACAACUCCGAAGCCACCGUGCACUAAGACAGCACCUACAGCUCCACCACCCUGUACAAAAACAACUACCCCAAGUGAGGACACACCAAGUGAAACAACUACGCCUUGUGAGACAACAACCCCUAAGGUAACAACACCGAAAGCAACAACCCCUAAGGUAUCAACAGCUGGUCCAGUAACCGAAAAGACAACAACACCGAAAGUAACAACACCUAAGGCAGAAAAAUCGACAACAUCAAAAUCUACAACUCAAAGUACAACAACAACGUCGACACCUUGUACAACAACAACGACAUCAACAACAACAACGACAACAACAACGACUACGACAACGACGACAACAACGACAACGACAACGACGACAACGACCACGACGACAACGACCACGACGACAACGACCACGACGACACCCUGUACGACGACCACCACAACAACAACAACCACAACGACAACAACCACUACAACCACUACAACAACAACAACGACAACAACCACUACAACAACAACAACUACAACCGAGGCGCCCUGCACAACAACCGAAGAGCCUUGCACAACAACCAAAGCACCUUGCACAACAACCAAAGCACCCUGCACAACAACCGAACCACCCUGCACUACAACAGAACCACCCUGCACAACAACCAAACCACCCUGUACCACAACCGAGCCACCCUGCACAACAAUUGCUCCAGAUGCAGGAAGAGAAAUUGCAGCAGUCGUAAUCAAUCCAGCUGAGGAACUGGUCUCCCUACGCGAUUGCCAGGGCCACGAGGAUGGAACGUUGUUCACAAACGCCAGACAUUGCCGCCGCUUCUAUGUGUGCCGGAACAACCGAGCCAGACACCAGACCUGCCCCUUCGGCCAGUGGUUCGACCGUGAGCUGAAGAUCUGCCGCAGCCGCCUCGAGGUUACCAACUGUGCAGCUAGGCGCAACUAAACGAUGAUAAUUUGGAUAAUUGGACCCCAUACUGCAACUGUACCCGGACCUAUUCCAUAUGACUAAACGACAAUCUCUUCGCUCUCUCUCUCUCUCUUUCACUCUACUCUCUACUCUGUAUGUAAAUCACUUCUAUAAUCAAUUUAAUGUCCUCCUCUUCCAGCAAAGAAAUGUAAUAAAGCAGCAUUUACAAAAACGUAA